UAGCCAACAGCUGUUCAAUCGCGUGCCGGCAAAAAACGAAUGAGAAUAACAAUCUAACUACUUUACUAAGCGUUUAUUAUGAACGAUAUCAAGCGUUUGAAGGACCAACAGCGCGAGAAGCAUCCAGGAUUCGAUGGUUACAUCGACUGCAUGACCCGCUCCCUUUUCACAGGUCUCGCAACAUUUUGUUUGAGUUUUUCCGGCACGUAUUUCGCCCAGAAGAUCAUACAAUCCCGCAUUCGUUAUCCUGCAAAGUUUAAUAUAUUGAUUGCCUCUCUGGUGGCCACUGGAGUUUCUUAUCAAACGACUUCCUCGAGGACAAAAUCCUGUCAAGCGGCGUGGAUGGCUUUUGAGGAGAAGCAUUCCGUGCUGCACGAGGAAUCUUAUUAG